GCUGGUCUGCUGCGGGCCCUCCUCCUUGGCGCGAUUCUGAUGCGACUGGCUACUGGAAGUGUUGCGCUUGCGGCUGUGGCAAGAACCUGGCCCGCUACUGGUUCUGCAAGCAGUGCCACGGCAAGCGCAAGGAGGUGGAGGCAGCGGCGCCCCCGCCGCCCAGCGGCGCCUGGGCUGACCCCUGGGCGGACUGGGACAAGUGGGCAGCAAGUGGGGCCACGUCGGCUGUCCUGCCCGUGGGCCUCCAGGGAGGCACCAGCCCCCCGCCUGUGGCCGGCGACGAAGACAAGCUGUCCGAGGAGGAGCUGCAGCAGCUCAUCUCCCUCAACAAGAAGAUGGGCAACCCGUCGGCUGCCACGGCCCUCCAGAAUCGACUUGACAAGCGCCGAGUCGGCGAUGCGCCAGUGCCGCUGCAGGCUCAGGCGAACCAGGGCGAUCGUCAUAUCAAGCAGUUGGAGAAGAAACUUCAGCAUGAUCUGGAUCAGUACACUAAGUGGCACAACUGGCUCCACGACAAGAAGGAGUCCAUCGGUGCUACUCGUCGCGAGCUGGCCGCAGAGGUUGGCAAGUACCAGACUUUGGUGGAGCAGCUGCGUAUUCAGGUCUGUCCGCCUCCAGCGGCCCAGCCGAAGGCACGCGUGUCCCUGCAGGACCUGCUGGCGGGCGAGAGUGACUUCCUGGACAUGUCCAACGUGGAGGAGGUGUUCGGGAUCGACAGCUCGGUGCACGAGGUGCAGGAGGCCGACACUCAGGAGCUGGAGAAGCGCACGACCCAGCUCAAGGAGGCCAUCCAGGCUUCGGCACGCCAGUUGUUUGGAGAGGCGAAGCAGAAGUUCGACGAGCUCAAGCAGGCCCAUGCAGCUCAUGUCGGCAG